CACCACCCGAUGCUUCCCCUGCCACACCCUUCGCUCUUCCUCUGCAACCUCCUGGAGCUGCCUGCCAUGGCCGCCGUCCGGAGCUCCUCCGACUGCUGGCGUGGCUCACCCCUGGCGGGGGAGCGGCGACCGGGGUGGGGGAAGGCGUGGGAGAGCGGCGGCCCGGCCCCCGCGAGCGCUCCCGCACGCCACUCGUCGUCGCUGCCCUCCUGCUCCUUCUAGCCGCCGUCGCAGGCUGAAGGGAGGUCCGGCGCCCAUGCACCCUUGCGCCGUGGUGGCGUCCAGCCGAUGAGGUCGCCACCACCACCACCAGAGCACCCACACGGAGCGGAUGCAUGCAGACGGGGGGAGCGCGGAAUCGAGGAGGAGGAGGCACGACGCUGCUCAGGGAAGCAGGAGGUUGGGGAAAAAGAGACUGGAGGGGAGACGAGUGGAUAAGAAAAGAGCGGAGUAACAGCAGGUGAUGCGGGGAAGUAAAAAACAGGUGACACGGGACGGUGGGUGAGGCGUCCGAUCCCUAGCAUUGCCGUUCUCAAUAAUAUCCACUUUGUUAGUUUUUUAAAGCAAACUAAGAAUGUAUGGCAGUUUCCACUGAUGUCAUACCGGUUAUAAAAGGUCCCACUUUCAGGAGACUUAUUUGUUUACUUUCUUCAUUUUUAAAUAUCUGAUGUGUCACAUAUUCAAAAAACGGAUAGCGUACAUAAUUUGCCAGGUGCAUUGAUGACGUACAUAAAUAUUCUAAUGCACUAAGUUUUCUUUCCCGACCAUCAUAAGGAUGUCAAACAGGUACAGAUAUUAGUCAUUAGUAGUAGUGCAGUUAUUACUCACCUACAAACAAAACGCUAUGCAUCUAUAAACGGUUUUGACACCAGGAUUUAGCCGCUGGUGGAUAUACACAGCCGUAUCCUCACACUAUCACUUGCUGUAGUAACUACACUAAAAGAAUAAAAGAUGGUUGUCCACUACGGCAAGCUUUGCACUUGAACAAAAUAUUCUGACCUGAUUAAUAUUUUUCUAAUUCUGAUAUAAUCAAUGUGACACCCUACAUUCUAAAAUUUAGGUCGUUUUAAUUUUGUUCCAAGUAAAAGUUAUUUUAAUUUUGUUCUAAGUAAAACUUCUCUAGGUUUGAUCAAGUUUAUAGAAACAUGUAUGAAUAGACACAUAGAUGACAAAAUAUAGUUUAUUUGGUAUUGCAUAUGCUAAUAAGUUUAUAGUGAACUUGAUCAAAAUUAGGCAAAUUUGAUUUAGUAUAAAGCUAAAACGAUCUAUAUCUGAAACUUAUCUUCUCCCCUUAUGAUAGAGGCCAAACAAACUGGGACAAUUGGCAUUCGUUCAUCAUCUAGACUAGACUAGGAUUUUCUGCAUAUAAGGGGUACCUAGCACAUAGAGUUGAAAGCACAAACGGCUUGUUUGGCUGCUUGCUUGCGAACUUGAGCAAUGACAAUGCCGAAAAGAAUGGUGGCAGUUUCGUGGUCGAUGCUUCUCUGCCUCGCCGCCGCCGCCGCCGUACUCAAAGCUCGUGCACAGCUCGACAGCAUCGGUUUCAUCAGCAUAGACUGCGGCCUGCCGGGGACGGCGAACUCCGUGGACGACGCCACCAAGCUGUCCUACGCCCCGGACGCCGCCUUCACCGACGCCGGCUCCAACCACAACAUCUCGGUCGAGUACAUCACGCCGACGCUCGCCAAGCGCUACCUCAACGUGCGCAGCUUCCCCGACGGCGCGCGCAGCUGCUACAUGCUCCGGUCCCUCGUGCCCGGCCUCAAGUACACCCUCCGCGCAGAGUUCAAGUACGGCAACUACGACGGCCUCAACCGGCCGCCCGUCUUCGACCUCUACGCCGGCGUCAACUUCUGGAGCAGGGUGAACGCCUCGAGCCAGAAGGUGGUGGUACUGGAGGCCAUCGUCGUGGUGCCGGACGAUUACGUGCAUGUUUGUCUGGUGAACACCGGCUCCGGAACGCCGUUCAUCUCGGCGCUGGAGCUGAGGCCGCUCAAGAGCUCGCUCUACCCGCAAGUGAACGCGACGCAGGGCCUGGUCCUGCUCUCCCGGCGCAACUGCGGGCCGACGGAUGAUGCGGACAUUGUCAGGUACCCUGACGAUCCACACGACAGAGUUUGGCUCCCUUUCGUCAACACCGCCAGGUGGGAGGCGAUAUCGACGAGCAACAAGGUGCGGAACCUAGACGACAGCGAAUUCGCGGCGCCGUCCAAGGUGAUGCAGACAGCGAUCACUCCGCGCAACGCCUCCGGCAGGAUCGAGUUCUUCUGGCUAUCCGAGCCGCAGCCCGGGGACCCGACGCCGGGGUACAUCGUCAUCCUGCACUUCUCCGAGCUGCAGCUCCUCGCCGGCAACGCCGUGCGGCAGCAGCACCUCGUCCUCAACGACGACCUGCGGUUCUGGAGCGAUUACACGCCGCCAUACCUCCUCUCGGACACCAUCUACAGCAUGAAGCCCCUGCCCCGCUUCUCGCGGUACAACUUCUCCAUCAACGCCACAGCCAACUCGACGAUGCCGCCGAUCAUCAACGCCGGCGAGAUCUUUUUCGUCUUCUCCACCGCCAACGUCGGCACGGACUACUCGGACGUUUCUGCCAUCACGGCGAUCAAGGCCAAGUAUCGGGUGAAGAAGAACUGGGCGGGUGACCCCUGCGUUCCGAAUAAUCUUACAUGGGACGGUUUGACAUGCAGCUACGCCAAUUCCAAUCCUUCGAGAAUCACCAGGAUAAACAUGUCCUUUAGCGGUCUGGAUGGCGAUAUAUCAUCUUCUUUCGCAAAUCUCAAGGCCAUCCAAUAUUUGGACCUAUCAUACAACAACCUGACUGGCUCCAUUCCUGAUGCCCUCUCACAAUUACCAUCACUAUUAGUUCUAGAUUUAACAAACAACCAGCUGAGUGGAUCAAUUCCCCCUAGUCUUCUCAAGAGAAUUCAAGAUGGUUCCCUUAAUAUACAAUAUGGCAAUAACCCAAAUCUUUGCACCAACGCCGCUUCAUGUAAGCCGGCAAAGGGGAGGAACAAGCUUGCAGUCUACGUUGCUGUCCCUGUUGUUCUAGUUGUGGUGAUAGUAUCAGCGGUGCUAGUCUUUCCAUUCCUGAUACGAAAAAAACAAGGAUCGACAUCGACGAACAUCACCAUGAGGCCUCAAAUCGAGACAAUGAUGAGCUACGCACCAGCGACACUGCCACCAGGUGACGCGCACACGCAGAGCUCCUUGCACCUUGAGAACCGCAAGUUCACAUAUAAGGAGCUAGAAAUGAUCACGAAUAACUUCCAACGCGUGCUUGGCCGAGGAGGGUUCGGUGAAGUAUACAAUGGCUUCUUGGAGGAUGGCACUCAGGUGGCAAUCAAGCUGCGGUCUCAGUUUUCCAAUCAAGGUGUCAAGGAGUUCCUCAUAGAGGCUCAGAUCUUAACACGGAUUCAUCACAAGAAUCUCGUUUCUAUGAUCGGUUACUGCAAGGAUGGACAGUACAUGGCACUUGUCUACGAGUACAUGUCAGAAGGCACCCUACAAGAGCAGAUUGCAGGAAAUGGCCGCAACGGAAAACUCUUAACAUGGAGGCAGAGGCUUCGAAUUGCAGUGGACUCAGCUCAAGGGUUGGAGUAUCUGCACAAGGGGUGCAACCCACCUCUCAUUCAUAGGGAUGUGAAGUCUACUAAUAUCCUAUUGAACGCAAAACUGGAGGCUAAGAUUGCUGACUUCGGCUUGUCCAAGGCAUUCAAUCGCGAUAACGAAGCUCAUGUAUCAACGAACGCUCUCGUUGGUACACCUGGAUACGUUGAUCCAGAGUACCAGGCAACUCUGCAGCCGACAACCAAGAAUGAUGUUUACAGUUUUGGUGUUGUGCUGCUAGAGCUGGUCACAGGGAGGCAAGCCAUCCUAUGUGACCCGGAGCCCACAAGCAUCAUCCAAUGGGUGAGGCUACGCUUGGCACGAGGAAACAUUGAGGCUGUUGUCGAUAAGAGAAUGCGUGGCGAGUGUGAUGUCAACAGUGUGUGGAAGGUCGCGGAUAUCGCACUCAAGUGCACCAUGCAAGCGUCGACGCAACGACCUACAAUGAUCGACGUGGUGGCACAGUUGCAGGAAUGCCUCGAGCUCGAGGAGGGGCACCGCAUCGGAGAUGGUACAAGGGGCAGCUUCUACAGCGGCAGCAGCAACAGCGACCUCAACUUGAGCUACAACGCACAUGCGGCCGAUAGCCGGUCAACUGAUGUGAGCCAGACCAGCACCCCAUUUGAGAUGGAGCAUAAUUUUGAGAAGGUGCCAAGAACGGACAGAGGUCCUGUUGCACGAUAAGGCUCUUCUUGGGGUUUUCAAUGAUAUUGAGAAUUUUAACAUUUUCAAAUUUGAGUUUUAAAAUUUUAAAAUUUGAGUUAAUUAAUUUUCAAGCAAAGAUCAACGUCACUUGAUAUCUGCAAAGAUACCUUCAAAUUUGAGUUAGCCUUGGUUAUCCAUCGAUGGAAGAGAAAUUCUUUUUGCCUAGUAGUAUACAAAAUUGUUAGAAGCUCAA